AUGUUCGGGACCGUGCUGAUUGGCACGGUGAAGAGUUACUCUGCCGUCAAAGGCUUUGGGUUCCUCAUUCACCCUGACAUUCCGCAGGACAUAUGGUUUGCGAAGGAAACCGUGGCUGCGGAGCUCAGGACCUCCGACCUAGCAGGGACUGCCAUGGCUUUCGAGCUGAUGAGGGCCCCGGAUGGCAAGCCUCAGGCUCGCAAUCUGCGACCCGCCCCGGCCGGUGCCGGGAUGCCCCCACCCCCGGUGAACCCCAACCACCACCCUCAUGCAGCUCAUGCAAUGCCGGGCUUCCGGCCGGGAAUGCCUGGCCAUCCCGGCCUUGCCGGAUGUCCGGGCCUCGUCCGGCCUGGCUUCCCUGGCGCAGUCCGGCCUUUAGGAGCCAUGGGUGUUGGAGUUGGAGUUCCGCUUGGUGGCGGCCAGCCCAAACGACGGGCUUGGUCACCUCAUGCCGGUUCUCGAGCCAUAGCUACGGCCUCUUUGGAAGAGGGGCAGGACUCGUCGGAUGCGCCGAGCAAGAAGCGGCGCCUCAGUGUGCCUUCGACGCUCCAGGGCCUCUUCGAACGUGCCGAGGACCCGGAGGCCCACGCGGGCAGGAAGCGCCGGGUUCCACAUGUCGAAGGGAACUAUCCGACCCUAGUGUUUAUUCCCGUGACCAUCACGCGAGCAUGGCGACGGACUGGUGAACGCUGCAAGGCGCUGCUGUCGCGGCUAGCACCCCAGGCAGAGGUGCUCGGCACAGAUCCGGAGGUCGGCGCAGGAUGGCAUGUCAGCCUAGCCCCUUUGAUGAUGCUGCGGCGCCAGUCCAUCCAGCCUUUCGAGGAGAGGCUCCGCAAGCUGGCAGAGGGCCUCAGCAUACCGGACGGGGUGCAGGAGGACAUUUGGUUCAACGAGACCUUCGAGGUUUUCUCCUCGGCUGAGGGCGACAGAUAUUUUGCCGGUGUCUCUGCUGUCUCCACCUCCCAACGUUGGUUGCGGCCGCUAGCAGCUGCCGUGACCUCCGCGGCGCGCGAGCUGGGGGUCCCUGUGGCAUCUCACAGUGCGGACCUGCUCCAGCUGCACUGCUCCCUGGCCUGGACGACAAGCGAGCUGCGGCCAGCGCUGAGUGCAGCGGGUGCAGAGAUGCAGGAAAGUCCAUGGGGCCGAAGAUGGAUCUUACAUGACACAGCCGGGGCAGCCCUCAAGCUGCGAGUCAAGGGCAUCCUUGCCAGAAUCGGCGACCGAACUUCAAGUGCUGCCUUCACGCAGCUCAAAGGCGGUUCAAGCGAGGAUGAAGAGUCCCUGUCCGACCAUGACCAAACCUGA